AUUAAGUUCCUCUCAUUAUGAACACAACACAUCCACUUUUUUCUUUUUUCUUUUUUUGAAAUGGUUGGCGUUAUCAAUGGAUGAUUGGAUAGAUUAAGAUUAUUAGUUGAAUACUUACAGAUCUUCUCCCAAUGGGAAAUGGCCGAAUCGUCGCACUCUCCAUCACAGUCUGCGUGGUCUCCUUCGUGAUCUCGAAGAUUGUGAUUGCGGUCCUCUGCUAUCGCCGAUGGAGGAGAAAACACAUGGCGGAGAUCCGCCACUGUUUGUCAGAUAUGGCGGCCGGCGGCGGGAAGCUAUUGUUGUUCAGAACGGCGAAGACGAAGGCAUUAAAGUCUGAGGCGGUAGUGAAUAGGGUGAUGAAGCUGGGAAGCAAAGACGUUAUCGGAUCUGGAGGUUUUGGGACAGUUUACAAGGUGGUGAUGGAGGAAGAAGGCGUGAGUUUCGCCAUUAAAAGGCUGAACAGGAUUAGCGCGGAGGAGGACAGGGGGUUUGAGAGGGAACUGGAUGCCAUGGCUGAUAUCAAACACAGGAACAUUGUCACACUCCAUGGAUACUAUUCUUCCCCUCACUAUAACCUUCUCAUCUAUGAGCUCAUGCCUAAUGGGAGCUUGGAUAAAAUGCUUCAUGAUAAAAGUCCAAUCAAGAAGGUUUUGGACUGGGAAUCAAGAUUGAGAAUUGCUGUGGGAGCUGCAAGGGGAUUAUCAUAUCUGCAUCAUGAUUGCAUUCCUCACAUAAUCCACCGUGACAUCAAGUCCAGCAACAUAUUGCUGGACCAGAACAUGGAGGCUCAAGUCUCUGAUUUCGGACUUGCCACUCUUAUGGAACCAAACAAGACUCAUGUUUCAACUCUGGUUGCUGGAACCUUUGGCUACUUGCCUCCUGAGUACUUUGAAACCGGAAAAGCGACUGUGAAAGGAGACAUUUACAGCUUCGGAGUGGUCCUUCUAGAGCUUAUAACGGGAAGAAGGCCGACAGAUGAAGCAUUUGUGGAAGCAGGAACCAAGCUAGUGGGCUGGGUUAAGGCUGUUAUUGCAGACAAGAGGGAAGAGUAUGUAGUUGACCACAACUUGGCUGAGUGCCGAACAGGUGAGAUAACCCAAUUUUUUAAUGUUGCAAUGAUGUGCCUCGAGUAUGAGCCAUCCAAGAGACCUACCAUGGCUGAGGUUGUCAAGAUGCUUGAACAAAUAAAGCUUGAUGGUUUGGUAUGAGUUAUUGAUUUCAAAAGGUGCAUGUACAAGGAGUAACAGUGCAUACUGAAUUCAUUUACAUUGGUUGGAAUUUGAGAGAGAAAGGAAAAGAAAAUGAGAAGAAAAAUGUUUUUCUAGUUUGGUUAGAGAGGAAAAAAAAGAAAAGUAGAAGGAAAAAAAGAGAAGACAAAAUGUACUAAGAGGAUGGAAAACUAAAUUCCUCCUAUUUUGGUGAGGGAAUUGAGGGAAAAUCAUUCUAUUUCCUUUCCCUUUCAAAUUCCUUGAACCAAACAUACUGUUAGGGUCUCUUUUUCUUAGAUUAUGGAACCUGAACACUACAUGGUUUGGUAAUCAAGAUUUUUUCAGAAA